AUGGUAACUUCAGAAAUUCUUGAGCAUUAUAAAUUACUCAAUCUGUGUCUGGGAGGGGCCUUUUCCCGGGCGGGCGCGGCUCCCCCUGGCGGCGGCCGGGCGGCGCUGGUGGCGCGCAAUCAGGCGUUCUCCGCGGGCAGCCGGCCGGCGGGGCCUUGCCUUCAGCGCGGGGUCCUCGGCGGCCUGGGUGGCUGCUGCCCCUGCUGCUGUCGUAGACGGGGACGGCUGUUGGUGCGGUUGCUGUUGGUUCUCGGCGGCGGCGGCAGCGGAGGGAGAGGGCGAGGCGACGGGGAAGAAGGAGGCCGGCGCGGCGGCGGCGCCCGGGGGCCGGAGGCGGCGAGGGGGGGGAAGAUGGCGGACGUGCUGAGCGUCCUGCGACAGUACAACAUCCAGAAAAAGGAGAUCGUGGUGAAGGGAGACGAAGUGAUCUUCGGGGAGUUCUCCUGGCCCAAGAAUGUGAAGACCAACUAUGUGGUGUGGGGAACCGGAAAGGAAGGCCAACCCAGAGAGUACUACACAUUGGAUUCCAUCUUAUUUCUGCUUAAUAAUGUGCACCUUUCUCAUCCUGUUUAUGUUCGACGUGCAGCUACUGAAAAUAUUCCUGUGGUUAGAAGACCUGAUCGAAAAGAUCUACUUGGGUAUCUCAACGGUGAAGCGUCAACAUCGGCCAGUAUAGACAGAAGUGCCCCCCUAGAAAUAGGUCUUCAGCGAUCUACUCAAGUCAAACGAGCUUCAGAUGAAGUUUUAGCAGAAGCGAAGAAACCACGAAUUGAGGAUGAAGAGUGUGUGCGUCUUGAUAAAGAGAGAUUGGCUGCUCGUUUGGAGGGUCAUAAAGAAGGGAUUGUGCAGACUGAACAGAUUCGGUCUUUGUCUGAAGCUAUGUCAGUGGAAAAAAUUGCUGCAAUCAAAGCCAAAAUCAUGGCUAAGAAAAGAUCUACUAUCAAGACUGAUCUGGAUGAUGACAUAACUGCUCUUAAACAGAGGAGCUUUGUGGAUGCUGAGGUAGAUGUGACACGCGACAUUGUCAGCAGAGAAAGAGUGUGGAGGACUCGAACAACUAUCCUGCAGAGCACAGGGAAGGUAAGCACCUUACCCGUCCGUCAGGGUGGUGCUCAUCUGUGUGAAAGCUUUCACAUUUCAUCUCUCUGAAAGAUCAGUAAUUGUAGACUUCCAAGUAUUCACUAUUCCAUUCAGGAGAGUGUAGUAAGAACCUGAUGAAAAGAACCUGAAUCACAAUGUAAGCCCUUCACACAUCAUUUCUAAAUUCAAGAGUGGUCUAGUUUUCUUGUUGAAUCAGAUUUGUGCCUAAACUUGACGAGUAGGGAAUAUUGAUGGGAAAGC